AUGUCUGCCGAUCCAACCGUUGGCGUUGACCCGGCCCUCCGCGCGCUCCUCCGCCUCUCCCUGAGCAGUCAGGAGUACAAGCUCCUUCACGAGCGCGCGCCCGCUGCAGUUAAGAAGAACGCGCCGUCUCCGGCGAGAUUCGAGGCGAUUGUGCGACCGAAGGAUAAAUAUAAUGAUGCCGCGAUAAGGGAGUCGUUGCGGGUGUUUGUGGGCUCGGGGUUGUUGUUGAAGCUGGUUGAAGUCGUUAGUCGGCGCAUGAAGGGCGGUGCUGGCGCCGUUGCAAGCAAAAAACGAUCCAUCAUCCAUUCCCCCAACUUCCGCCUUCCCCUUGCCCUCGCCCUCGUGGUCUUCUUCCACCGUCGCCUGCAUCGCUUGUUCGCGCGCAUCCGCGCAAGCCUCCGCAUCGACAAAGCGCAGCCGUUCCGGGAGCGAAACCCGCGUCUAGCUAAGGCGUUGACAUCUCGAUAUGCGCCCGCUGUCGGGGGGAGUUUGGCCGGGUUUGCGCUGGGGAUUGCUCCGCAGGCGCAGUUGCGGAUGACGGCGGCGAUUUAUAUGAGUACGCGGACGUUGGAGUUUUUGUAUAAUGUCAUAGAUGAGAAGGGGUGGUUGAAGAAUAAGCCGUGGUGGUUUGGGAGUUGGUUGUUGAUGCCUGUGUCGUGUGCGCAGCUGUUUCAUGCGUUUGUGUUUGAUCGCGAGACGGUGCCGAAGUGGUUUGGAAAGGUCGUUAUGAACUCGCCCAGCUACAUACAGAGUCGACCUGCUUUGCUCCCCGCGGAGAUUCCUUGGCCGGAGAACGAAGAGGUGGUUGAUUCGCUCGGUAGCAUUGCCAACCUGCGCUGGCCGCCCUUCACCUCGCCGAUUUUACACCCGUCCAACCCCAACACCCUGCCGGCAGCGAUCAAAUCCAUCGCCCCGAUUACUGGGCCCGCGCAUCCCUCCAUCUCCAGUCUCUCAUGCGCACUCCUACACCCAGCCGUCCCCAGCUGCAACACAGCAUUCCUGCACCACAUCCUCCUCUCCGUUCCCCGUAUCGCCCGCUUCAUGACAACCGUCAUGCUAGCCAUCUCCAUCCUCAAAUACAAAUCCUUCAAAACCAACCCCCUCGCCUCCUUCCAAACCCUCGCCAAACGCAUCUUUACCCUAACAGCCGUCCUCUCCACCUCCAUCGGCUCCGCCUGGGGCAGUCUCUGCCUGUGGAAUACGCUCCUCUCGCGUUCCGCCCUCCCGACAAAACGCUUCUUCCUCAGCGGCGCCCUGGGCGGCCUCCCCUUCGCCUUCCUGGGCAACAACUCCCGCAGCGCAUUCAUGUCCAUUUUCCGCAGCGCCGUCGACUCCGCGUGGAAGUCUGGCGUGAAGCGCGGGCUUUGGAAGGGCUGGACCGGUGGCGAGCUGGGGUUGAUUGUGGUGAGUUGGGCGGUUAUGGGGGCGAUUCUGGAGAGAAGGCCUGGCGCUGUUCAGGCUGGGGGGUUGAGGAAGGGGUUGGCUUGGUUGAGGGGGGAUGGGUUUUUGGAUCCGGUUGAGGUGUUGGAGAGGAAGAGGGCGAGGAGGGCUGCGAGGAGGGAGGAGCGUGAGCUGGGUGAGGGUCGGGCUUGA